GUGUACCGGUCGCGUCCGCACUCCCUCAGCUCGCGCUCCAGCGUACAGAGUGUACAGAGUUUGCCUCGAGUGUACCGCGCGCACUCGCCCCGCCCGACGACCGCCGCACAGCCCUGACUGUUGGAAGAGCGAAGGUUCGGCAUUCUUCCGAAGAGAAGGCCGGUGAUGCUCUGGUGAAGUGCGCGAUCGCGAUGGACACCAUGGACUCCGCCAGCGAGCACAGCAGCCACGCGUCCUCGGGUUCACCCGCCGUUGCCGCCAAGCCGCCGUCGCCGCCCGUCAACGCCAACACCCACAGCAGCCCGCGCCAGGCCAGCCCUCUGGGGCCGCCGCUGUCCAUGGCGCACCCGCUGAGCCCGCCGCCGGUGAGCUCCGCCAGCCUGCGCGGCAUGGCCCUGGGCCACCUGCCGCCGCCGGGCCUCGGCCUGCUCAACUCGCUGGGGGUGCUGCACGGCCCCCUGGACCUGAUGGCGCACCACGCGCCGCCGCGCUCCUACAACAGCCCGCCGCCGAUCUCCACGUCCGACCCCACCGCCAACGAGUGCAAGCUGGUGGAUUACCGCGGCCAGAAGGUGGCGGCGUUCAUCAUCGCCGGCGACACGAUGCUGUGUCUGCCGCAGGCCUUCGAGCUCUUUCUCAAGCACUUGGUGGGCGGACUGCACACGGUCUACACUAAGCUGAAGCGGCUGGACAUCGUGCCGCUAGUCUGCAACGUGGAGCAGGUCAGGAUCUUGAGGGGGCUGGGGGCCAUACAGCCGGGAGUCAACAGAUGCAAGCUGCUGUCGUGCAAAGACUUCGACACCCUCUACAGGGACUGCACUACGGCCAGUUCCAGGCCCGGCCGUCCGCCGAAGAGAGCGCCUGUGGGGCUCAGCCUCGCCGCCUCCCAUCUGCAACAUCAACAGCUCAAGAAACAACGCCUCGACAACGGUGAUUACCCGUACGAAAACGGACACAUGGGUGAUAUGUCAAGACUAGAAAAAUCGCCGCUUCUCGCAAACGGUUACAACCACCCACCCCAUCUCAGUCAUAUGCAGUUUAUGCAGAUUCCUCACCCAGCUGCUGCACAUUCUGCACUCUUGUCACCUGCGAUGCCACAUAAUCUCACAAGACACGACGGUUCCGUCAUAAAGAACCAAGGAAUGCCCACGAUGGAGGCCAUAGCGAGGUCAGGAAUUUGGGAAAACUGCAGAGCCGCGUACGAAGACAUCGUCAAACAUUUAGAAAGGUUAAGAGAGGAGAGGUGCGAUCCGGACAGACCGCUACCGUUAGACCAAAAAGCCAGGGACCUCAGCCCAAGAAAUGGCUCGCCGACCGACCACAGUCCGGUACUGAACCUGUCGAAGAGCGGCGGCGGCAGCGCCGGCUCGCUCGGGGACGGCGACCAUUCCGGCAGCGAGGCAGACGGGCCCGACGUGCCGCCGUCCCCGCGAUCGCCGCGGUCGGCGGCAGAGGACGACGAGGACGACAACAUUUCCGACCCGGAAGAGGACGACGAGAAGGAUCAAGUUUAUUUGGUUUCAGAUAUGGACGAAGGCGACCUUCCCCUGCCAGCAGCUCCUGGUAGCGACUCCCAGCAAGCAGCCUUAAACUACUCUACACUAGCAAGUGCGGUAGCAUCGGCUAAUGGUCCUAGUCAAGAUCCCAGCAUCUCCUCGACGGAGACGCUCCUGCGCAAUAUCCAAGGGCUGUUGAAGGUGGCAGCGGAUAACGCACGUCAGCAGGAGCGCCAGAUCAACUACGAGAAAGCCGAACUGAAGAUGGACGUAUUGAGAGAGCGGGAAGUAAAAGACAGCCUAGAAAGACAACUCCUCGACGAACAAAAAAUGCGGGCGUUGGUGCAAAAGCGACUCCGAAGAGAGCGCAGAGCACGACGACGACUUCAAGAUCAAUUGGAGGCGGAAGUCAAAAGACGCAUCCAAAUGGAGGAGGCCCUCAAAGCAGCGGGGGCAGGCGAACAGCUUAGGAUAAUUAAUGAAAGUCUAGCUCAAAACGACCAGAAAGUAAACAACCAGAAAGUGACCACAAGUUCAACCCCGACCCAGAACAUCCCAACGGAGCGUGAAAGAGUUUCUGAACGCGUCGAAAGGAUGGAAAGAGAACGUGUAGAAAGCCCACCACCAGCAUAUGGACAACAAACUGUCCGAGAACCGCCACCUCCGCCCGAAAAUAAACCCUGGGGCUAUUCCGGAAUCGACCUCAUGAAUACUGGAGCCGCCUUCUGGCAGAAUUACUCCGAGUCCUUGGCUCAAGAACUCGAGCUGGAACGAAAAUCUCGCCAGCAACAAGUCGAAAGAGACGUGAAGUCGCCGCUGCAGGACCGCUCCGGGUAUUACAAGAAUUCCGUGCUCUUCACGAGCACGGCAACAUAAACAUAAAGUACGACCUGAUAGAUUUUGCAUAGAUAACAGAAAGUAGGGUUUAGCUCAGUCGUACAGUGCUUAGCAAUGUUUCUCUUUAUUAUUGGUAUUAAGUUUGAGCGUUUUGAACGAAUACAGUGUAUAGAUAUUAAUUGUUAGUUGAGUUCUAUUAUCAAAGAUACAUAAAAACGUCCAUUAUCGUGGAGCAUAUCAAGUUAUUUUACGAUUUUAGCGGUUAGUUUUUUAAGACUGAUUUUGGGCAUGAAGAGUAUCAACCAAAAAUUCGAUCACUCAGAAGGCGUUUACAAUUUCAGUACAGUACUUACUUAUUGUUGCUCAGAAUUCACUUAAUGUACAUAAAAGCACAAUGAGGCAAACUGUAUAUACCUUCUAUUUUGUAUCCCGUAAUUCAGUUACUUUUUAAAUGACUGUUUAAAGUUACUCUUGAUAGCGUUACUGCUUUACAUGUACAUAUUCAGCGUCAGAUUAAUCUGUAGAAAUUUUUCAUGUAUGUAUAACAACGCAAGAUAGGAAAAUUGUACAUUAACAUUUUUAUAAAGUUUAAAGUUUUGCAUAUCUGUGUAAACUUUCUUACGAUUAACGAUAAAGUGAUUAUUAAAUUUGACAAUUUUUUUUUGUACAUUAUUAAUAAUUUUGCACAUAGUAGCGAUGUAUUUUCUGACGAAAAGAGUAUACGCCAUUUUGACAAUCAUUGUCAGAAUUUUUUUAAAUACAAGAUAGUAAACAUCAUAUUUGUUUACACCCAGUAUUAUCUCAAAUUAGGUGCAAUACUGAAACCACAAACGUACGAAAAAUAUAGUGUUCUUUAAUAUAGCACAGUUCUUUUCUUACUUGCUUAUAUUAUAUAAGUAGACUAACUUAUAAACCGUUCGUGUUAGAAUAUGUAAGAGGCAGUGUGUAUGUAUUUAUUGUAAAUAUAUGUAUGUGUGUG